GUUUAAAGUUAGGACACCCGUUGAUUAGGUCUAGCAGGAUUCGUCGAUCACUUUAAACAAUCACAUUAACACAAUGGCAAAUUGGAGUCAACUUUUGAUGUUAAUGUAUAUUAACGGAUGUUAUUUGUCAUCAGUUGAAGGUGCACAGCUGAUAGUGAAUCAAGGAGCUGAUACCAUGACAUUGACGUGUCGUCCUGGGAACAUUGUUAACCAUAUUUAUAGAUAUAAUGUUAUAUCAGUAAACAGAGAUGUAAGUAACAGCAGGAUUCCUGUUGAACCUGAAAUAGUUGCAGUGGCUGAAAACGGUAAACAAGCCAGUCUAUCUGACACAUCGUUAGCACAGAGAGCCACAGUGACUGGGAAGGCAGAUGACGAUGAUAAACAAGGAUCUUUCGUACAGGUUGUCUUGAGACAGAUAUCAUGCCGUGACUCGGGUCAGUACUUCUGCAGAAUCAACUAUAUGAAGCCAGGAUUCAUGCCUGGCCUCUCAGUAGACAGCAGGACCAUGACAGUAAGGACUGAUCCAGGUCCAGUCUCUAUGUUUGUUACACCACGGAAGGCGGUCAGUCCAUACUACAUGUAUGAAACUGUGGAAUUCCGGUGUACUGGUGAUGUUGGGAAUCCACCACAAACCAGACCGUGGUCGUGGCAGUGGAAGUUCGCUGACAGUAUGAUGAUGGGGUGGACAUCUUACCCCUAUAAUAACAGGAUCACGGAUAAUCCAGUCACUCCUGGAAACUGUGCGAAUCAGGGACGAUCCACUCUAAGACACAUUGUGUCUGUGGAUGACAAUGGCCGGAUGUUCCGGUGUCUUGUUAACAACAAUGAACUGUACUCUGCCAACUUUACCAUCUACACUGAACGUAAGUGUAAGACAGAAUUAAUAGUAGAGCGGCUAGGGCCACUUGUUUUUCGGUUUCAUGACACCAAAAGUCAUACGACUAUAUUAUAGCUCAUUUGAAAGUUUAUUAUGUCUAGGUUAUCAUAGGCCUUGAAGUGGUGGCGAAAUAUGGUCACGUUUUGGGGAAAAUAACGUCAUGUCACCCCAGUUCAUGUUUGUUUGAAAAACCCACAUUUCCAAAUAAAUAACUAUGUCUCUCAAUUUCUUCCUUUUUAUGAUUAGGACAGAUUUUAAAAUGAUGGUAAAUAAACUUUUAAUUCACAUAAUCGUAAAAUUAUACAUUUGCUACAUUUUUGUUUUUAAAUUAGUAUAUUCGUAAAGGAAUUGAUUUUUGUUUACAUAAACGUUUUGACCUUUCCUCAUUUGUUUUCUGACAACUGGUCCCAAACGUUAUGUGGUUGCAUCGUAGUUGAUUUUAAAGUUUUAUUAUUAUUAUUAUUAUUUUU